CUUCAUCCAAAGGACGGUUAUGUUGUAUUAACCAGAAUUACUGCCGGUGAAGUAGAUUAACAAAAUCUGCCGGAUACAAGUGGAGACCAAUCAGUGGCCAACUGAUUGAUAAAAUGAAAGAACAAGGCAAGACGAAGAAGAGACAAACUACAGAGGAAAUUUACAGUAGUUGUUGUGGUAUCAAAGGAGGAAGAAAGAGAGAGAAAAAAAAAACUAGAGAGUUCUCCCCUCUGCCCACACCCGAGAGUGUCCCAGUGGGCACUGCAGUGGCCCCCCACCACCACCACCACCAAAACAAGAGUAAAGAGACAGACCAAUCAGUAGCCCAGCAGGCAUCAGCAAAGGAAAGGAAAGGAAAGGGAAAGGGUUGCAGACAGACAGCAAUCAGGUUGCUCCGAUAGUCCCUCUUGCCGCCCACCCAUGGCUGAAAGAAGAAGAAGCAACGGCAGCAGCAAUGAAUCAUCAUCAUCAUCAUCAUCAUCACCAGGUACAGCAGCAGCGACAGUGUGCAGAAUACCGGAUGACCACAUCUUCUCCAUCUUGUUGCGUCUUCCAAUAGACUCAAUCCUCUGCUUUGGGAUGACUUGCAGAAGAUUGAGGUCUCUUACUUACUCCGACGCUCUCUGGGAAUCCAUCUGCAGGCGCGACUGGGGUUCCUCCUCCGUCGAUGACCUCAUCAAGGCCCAUGACCCAUCAAUCCCCAUCGCCUGGCAGAACCUCUAUCAGCAGCUCCACCAGUUGGAUUCUGUCUAUUGUCGGAGGCUCUUGGCUGCUGCUGCACCUGCAACACCGCCAGCCCCCGACAUGGUCCCCAGCCCAAGAGCUUCUCAUUCACUUAAUUUUGUGUCUGGAUGUUUGCUUCUCUUUGGUGGCGGCUGCGAGGGAGGUCGGCAUCGUGAUGAUACGUGGGUAGCAUAUAUGGGCAAUGACUUGAGGAGGAUAUUGAAGUGGCAAAAGAUCAGUUCAGACAUCCCAAGCGGACGAUUUGGGCAUUCGUGUGUUGUAGUUGGCGAUUCCCUCGUCCUCUUUGGAGGGAUCAAUGACAAUGCGGUCCGGAAGAACGACACCUGGAUUGGGCGUAUAGUUCUGCAUGAGACAUCCGGUAUGACAUUGUCCUGGAGACUGCUUGAUGUGGGUUCAGUUGCACCCCCACCUCGGGGUGCUCAUGCUGGGUGUUGCAUUGACAAGAGGAAGAUGCUUAUUUAUGGCGGAAUUGGAACGUCUGGUGUUAGGCUGGGUGAUACCUGGGUUUUAGAUCUGUCAGAAAAUCUUUGUUUUGGAACUUGGGUAGAAGUUGUGACUCAUCCAUCUCCUCCAUCUCGUUCAGGGCACACAUUAACUCAUAUUGGGGGAACACGAACAAUCUUAUUUGGUGGAAGGGGAUUGGGUUAUGACGUGCUUAACGAUCUAUGGCUCUUUGAAGCAUACGAGGGUUGUUUUUGGAGAUGGUUACAGUUACCAAUUGACUUGCAAAGUAUCCCACAUGGACUUUCCCUUCCACGAGUUGGUCACUCGGCCACACUCAUCUUAGGAGGUCAAUUGCUUAUUUAUGGAGGCGAGGAUUCAUGCAGGCACAGGAAGGAUGACUUUUGGCUUUUGGACGUCAGUUCAUACAGGCAACCCAUUAUCACUCUCCCGCGGGCGGGACUGCUCACACAAAUGUGGAAGAGGCUAAGAGCAGUGGGUGAUAAUCCCAUGUGCAGAUCAUUUCAUCAAACUUGUGCGGAUAAUUCAGGACGCUACUUGUACGUCUUUGGUGGGAUGGUGGAUGGCGUACUUCAGCCUGCUGAAUUGUCCGGGUUGAGGUUUGAUUCCAGCCUUUUUCUUGUGGAGCUUUUGCUUCUGUCCUAAACGUUUAUACAGUAUUAUAAAAGGGUUUGAUGAUGCCAGAUAUCGUGGAUGCUGCAAAUCUGUGAAGCUUGUAAAUAGUAGCAGCAGCUCUUUUUAGGGAAGUGCUUCAUUAAAUAGAAGCUUGUAAAUAGGAGUAGCGACUGGUUUGCUGAUUAAAAAGGCAAAAAAAAAAAAAAAAAGAGGACUAACCGGGGAACUCCUGGCCGAACAGAGUGGUUAUUUGCCUUUUCGGAUGGUAGUUGGAAAUGCCCUGAACAGAAUUGACCUUAGCGCUGCAAUUUAAGGCUGAUGAAUUCCGGAUGUUUUUGGGACCAUCUUUUCCUGCCAGUUAUUAGGUGGUCUUUUUCAGCUUUUGAUUUCUGCUGUAUCAUAUCAUAUACGCCUGUAUUUUUGAGUUGUGCUACUAUAAAGUAUGGAAUUAACAACA